CGGGGCAGGGUGUCCCGACGCCGGCUGUCCCCGCGGCAGGGGCCGGCUUUCCCCGGCGCGGGGGCGGUGCGGCGCCAGCAGAGCAGGCUGUCCCCGCGGGCGGUACGGGGCGGGCCGUCCCUGCGUCCCGCCCCCGGCGGGGCGGCGGCGGCUACGUGCGCGGGGCGGUGCGGCGCGGCUGGCAGUGCCGGCGCGGAGCCGCGGGGAGCCCCGAUCCCACCGCGGCGGUGGUGGCGGCGGCGGCGACGCGCAGCGCGGCCGCGCCCAUGGCGAGCAGCAGCGGCGGCGGCAGGUAGGGCGGGGCGGGGCGGGAGGCCCGCUCCCCCGGCCAUGGCGCAGACGGAGCCCCCGAAGGCGGUGCGGCUGUGGCGCGACGCCGCCCUGCGCGCACGGAAGCUGCGGGGCGGCCCCGGCGAGUCCGACCCCGAGCCGGAGCCGGACGCAGGGCCGCCGGGGGGGCCGCCGCCGCCGCCCCCCGCCGCAGCCGCCGCGCCUAGCCGCCCGUCCCCGGCGGCGGCCCUGGGGGAGCUGGAGUCGCUGAACCUGAGCGGGCGGGGGCUGGAGGAGCUGCCCGAGGAGGUGGGCGCCGCCCUGAGCGGGCUGCGGGUGCUCAGCCUGCGGCGCAACCGGCUGGGCCGCCUGCCCGCCGCCGCCCUGCGCCACCUGGGUCGCCUGGCCGAGCUCGACCUCAGUCACAACCGGCUGCGGGGCCUGGGGGACGGCGGGGCGCUGGCGGGGCUGCGGGGCCUGCGCAAGCUCAGCCUCAGCCACAACGAGCUGGGCGCCGAGGGCCCGGGCCUGCCCCCCCGCCUCGCCGAGCUGGGCCGCCUUGAGGAGCUCGACCUCAGCUUCAACCGCCUGCGCCGCCUGCCCGAGGGCCUGGGCCGCCUGCGGCACCUCCGCGCCCUCGACGUUGACCACAACCUGCUGCCCUCCUUCCCCACCCCGCUGCUGGAACUGGCCGCCUUGGAGGAGCUCGACUGUUCCGGCAACCGUCACCUCGGGGCCCUGCCCGAGGGCAUCGCCGCCCUCCGCCGCCUCAAGAUCCUCUGGCUGAGUGGCACCGGGCUGGCGGCUCUGCCCGAGGGCCUCUGCCAACUGAGCGCCCUCGAGAGCCUCAUGCUGGACAGCAACCGGCUGCAGGCCCUGCCCUCUGGCUUUGGCAGCCUGCAGCGGCUCAAGAUGCUGAACCUCUCCUCCAAUCUGCUGGGGGAGUUCCCCGCUGCCAUCUUGGCGCUGCCCAGUCUGGAGGAGCUCUACCUGAGCCGCAACCAGCUCACCCUGCUGCCCCCUCACCUCUGCCAGCUCCGCCAGCUCCGCACCCUCUGGCUGGACAACAACCGCAUCCGCUACCUGCCUGACUCCAUCGUGCUUCUCCACAGCCUGGAGGAACUGGUCCUGCAAGGCAACCAGAUUGCCAUCCUGCCCGAGGGCUUUGGGCAGCUUUCCCGUGUCACCCUGUGGAAGAUCAAAGACAACCCCCUCAUCCAGCCCCCCUACGAGGUGUGCAUGAAAGGCAUCCCCUACAUUGCAGCCUACCAACAGGAGCUGGCCCACUCCCAGCCUGCCCUCAAACCCCGCCUCAAGCUGGUCCUCAUGGGCCUAAAGGAUGCGGGAAAGACCCUGCUGAGACGAUGCCUCAUGGAGGAGGAUGGGCAGAGGGAGGAUGUGGGAAGCCUGGAAGCAGGAAGCACCCAGCCCAGAGGAUGUUCUGGGCAGCAGCAGGACAUCGGGAGAGUGCCAGUUGUGUGUUGCCCCUUCCCGGAGCCUCAGGAUGCUUCCUCAGCACGAGUACCUGCUGUGCAGCAGCUGGAACAUCUCCCUGUUGAGCGGCAGGACAUCCCUUCUCAUGUGCCCUCUCACCGAGUGAAAGGGGAAACACCACGCCCUGCAUCGUCACUGCCACCGAAUGCCCCCCAAGUACCAUCAGGACUGGGACUGUCAGGAGGCAGCAAGGGCAUUGAGGUGAUGGACUGGACAGCGGAUGCAGAGAGGGGCCUGACAUUCAUCGUGUACGAGCUGGCAGGGGACCCGAGCUAUGAUGUGAUCCAGUCUUUCUUUCUGUCUCCCGGAGCCCUGUACGUGCUGGUGGUGAAUUUGAGUGCCUACGUCCCUCAGCACUUCUACCCCUCUGUGGGCUAUUUCUUGCACUGGCUCGGUUCCAAGGUGCCCCAUGCCGUGGUGUGCAUGGUGGGAACCCAUGCUGACCUCUGUGCGGAGCGGGAGUUAGAAGAGAAGUGCCUGGACAUCCAUCACCAGAUCGCUCAGCAGGAGAAGAGGGAUGCUGAGGGACUCCAGAGCUUGGUCCAGCAGGUAGAUGAGGCUCUGGGACAGGAUUUUGACCUGCGCUGCUCCAGCCCGCAUGCUGCCUUUUAUGGGGUCUCGGACAAGAACUUGAGGCGAAAGAAAGCCCAGUUUCAGUACCUUCUCAACCACCGCCCACAGAUCCUCUCUCCAGUGCUGCCUUUCAGCUGCCGGGACCGUUGCCAGGUGCGUCGCCUGCGGGACAAGCUCCUCUCGGUGGCCGAGCACCGGGAUAUUUUCCCGAACCUGCACCGGGUAUUGCCCAAAUCCUGGCAAGUGCUGGAGGAGCUGCACUUCCAGCCACAAGCUCAGCAGUUGUGGCUUAGCUGGUGGGACUCUGCUCGGUUGGGCUUGCAGGCAGGGCUGACAGAAGAUCGGCUCCAGAGUGCCCUGUCCUACCUGCACGAGAGUGGGAAGCUGCUCUAUUUCGAGGAGCAUCUCACCUUGCGGGAGUACGUGUUUCACAACCUGCCACGGCUCAUUGACAUCCUCAACGUCUUCUGCCAGCGGGAUGCCACCGUGCUGCUCCAGAAACUGCUCAGCGACACCCACAUUGACGAACUGAGAGCCACUCAGCUCCAUCAUUACGUGGAGGGCUUCCUGCUGCAUGGCCUCCUCCCUGCCCACGUUAUCCGUCUCCUCCUUAAGCCCCACAUCCAGAGCCGGGAGGAUCUGCAGCUCAUCCUGGAGUUGCUGGAGAAGAUGGGGCUCUGUUACUGUGUCAACAAACCCAAAUGCAAGCCCCUAAAUGGGGCAGCCGCUUGGUACAAGUUUCCUUGCUACGUGAAAAAUGAGGUGCCCCAUGCAGAGGCGUGGAUCAACGGCGCCAAUCUGAGUGGACAGUCCUUCGUGGUCGAGCAGCUGCAGAUUGAAUAUAGCUUUCCAUUCAUUUUCCCACCCGGCUUGUUUGCACGCUACAGCGUCCAGAUUAACAGCCACGUGGUUCAGCGGUCAGAUGGCAAAUACCAGAUCUAUGCCUACCGGGGAAAGGUGCCCGUGGUGGUGAGUUACCGGCCUGCCAGGGGAGCUCUGCAGCCAGAUACUCUGUCUAUCGCUAGUCAUGCAUCCCUACCAAAUAUCUGGACAGCUUGGCAAGCUAUUACCCCUUUAGUGGAAGAACUGAAUGUCCUGCUCCAGGAAUGGCCGGGCCUGUACUACACUGUGCACGUCCUCUGUUCAAAGUGCCUUAAAAGAGGGUCACCCAACCCACACACUUUUCCAGGAGAACUGCUGAGUCAGCCGAGACCCGAGGGACUGACGGAGAUCAUCUGUCCCAAGAACGGCAGCGAGCGAGUUAAUGUUGCCUUGGUUUACCCCCCCACUCCUACUGUGAUCAGCCCUUGUUCCAAAUAAAUCGUCAGUGCUGGUGCCAAAGGUUUUUCACCAGGCAGAACAUGGCUGAUGCUCUGCAGUGCUCCCAUCUGUCCAGUUGUGGAGUUGCAUGCUGACGGGGAUCGAUGGGACUUUGGACUCUGAAACGCUGUGGGGCAAGGGCAGCUCCCAGGUGGGGGCCUUGUGGCUGGAGCGGAUGCAGUCACCUGGAGGUCGGGGACAACAACGAGGCAUGAAGCAAAAUGAUUGCUGCAGAUGGCAGGGCCGCUGGCCAGAGGGGAAGCACUGGGGAUAGGUUUCUGUGGACCCAUUGAUCGUGUGUUGAAAACCCAUUUGGAUCUCAUGAUGAAUGUAAAAAUGUUCUUGGUACCAUUUAAUUCAGACCUGCUUGAAGGAAAGUCUCUUGAAAUGAGCUGUAGCGGGAUUCCCUGGAUUUGUUCCUGGACAAGUGAGUUUUGUGGCAGUUGGCCAAGGCUUUGUCGGGGAGGGGGUUGAUGCUGUGAAGCCUUUAAAAUUGCUCCAGUGCAAAACAGUUGGCUGUGUCCCACACAGCAGGUCGGCAGAGCGGGAGGAGAAGCAGACUGGGAAGUGUUCCCUGCCUUGUGCAUUCAGAUACACUAUGCCAUGAAGCGGAAGAAACUAGCGAUUUGUUGCUGUGACGUUGCGUGGAAACCACGUUGUAAAGAAACCACAAACUGGAAUCCUUUUCCAGCCGGAGGCCUGUUUCCCAGUGUGCCCAUCUGGUCUGGGAUGCGUGAGCAUUGAAGGAGCGAGAGGACAGAGCAGACGUCUUACAGCCUGCUCCUUGGGACUGCAGCCCUCCUGCUGGGGCUUGCCACCUCAGCGGGAGCACGGCAUUACCUGGCCUUUGCAGGCACUCAGUCUGCUGUGUGCACUGAAGCCGUAAUGCCGGGAGUGUGGCAGUAUGGAGAUCAGUCUAGUUGGGUCUAUUUAAUAUGAAAUGGUGAUCACU